ACGUACUUUAUGGACGACCCAGAAAGAAAUUUGUCUAAAUUCUAUACCUUGACGCAAUACUAUAAUAAAUAUUAUAAAUAAUGUCUGAAGGACAAGGUUUUGAUGAAAAAACCAAAGAAAUUGUUGACAGUGCUUUUACCAGCGAGAUAAUUAAGGUUAUAGUUGAAUCAAAUAGUUAUGAUAAACCUCCCGAUGAUGUUCUACAAUAUUUAGCUGAUAAUAUAACGUUUAAAGUUAAAAAAGUAAUUCAAGAAGCUGUAAAAUUUCAGAACAAAUCUAAAAGACUAAAAUUAACUUCUCGUGAUAUAGAUCAUUCAUUGAAAGUUCAAAAUGUAGAACCUGUAUACGGUUUUAGCUCCUCCGAUUUUGUCCCAUUCCGUAAUGCCAGUGGUGGAGGAAGAGAAGUUUAUUUUAAGGAAGAAACAGAAGUUGAUUUAGAAGAUAUUAUAUCUCAAAAUUUGCCUAAAAUACCUCUUGAAGUAACAAUCAAAUCACAUUGGUUAGCGAUUGAUGGAAUCCAACCUGCUAUUCCUGAAAAUCCUCCGCCUAUUUCUAAAGAUAUGCAAAUGCAAGAAGUUGCUUCUGCAUUUGCAAACCCUGCUGUUUGUGAAGUAAAUAUAACCGAUUUUUCACAAGAUAAUAAAUCACAAUUGAAAGAUAUAAAAACUAAAGAUUCAAAAGAUAAAAAAAAAGUAGAAGAUACCAAAAAACUUGAUUUUGGAAAACAAGAAAUAAAAAGAUUUAAACCUCUUGUUACUCAUGAGCUGUCAGUUGAACAGCAGUUAUUUUAUAAGGAAAUAACAGAAGCUUGUGUUGGUUCAAAUGAGGUUAAACGAACAGAAGCAUUAAAUAGCCUUUCAAAUGAUCCUGGACUAUAUCAACUUCUACCACGUUUUACCACUUUUAUUGCUGAGGGUGUAAAGGUGAAUGUAGGACAACAUAAUUUAGCUCUUCUUAUUUAUUUAUUAAGAAUGAUAAAAGCUUUAAUGGAAAAUUCUACAUUAUACAUUGAAAAGUAUCUACAUGAACUUAUUCCUGCAGUUAUUACUUGUGUUGUCAGUAAACAGCUAUGUCCGCGACCUGACUUUGACAAUCAUUGGGCACUUAGAGAUUUUGCUGCUAGAUUAUUAGCUCAAAUAUGCAAACAUUUUACCACUCCCACUAACAAUAUUCAAUCUAGGGUGACAAAAGCUUUAUGUAAAACAUUGUUUUUAGAUAAAGCUCCUGCAGCCAGUCAUUAUGGUGCUGUUGCUGGACUUGCAGAGAUUGGAUUAGAGGCUAUAAAAGUUAUACUUAUUCCACGUCUGAAAAAUGAAAGUGAUUUAAUUCUGGAAGCAAUGGAGAAUCCAUCAGAAAAAGAUGCAGCAGAACAUUUACAAGCACUUCUAGUUAAGCAUGCAUCCAUAGCUAUUGUUAAAACUCGCUCACCCCCUGAUUUACAACAUCAAUAUAUGGCGGAAUUCGGUUACCUUGGUGGUCUAAUUUAUAACAAAGUUAUUCAACUUCGAAUAUCACUAUCGCAAGCAAAAACACCAACAACACCCAAUGCUCCGAGUAUUCUUGCUAAAUAAGUUUUAAGAAAUAUUUAGAAAAAUAAAAAUGUAAUAAAUGUAUUUAUUUAAAUGAUUAUAAAAGAAUUGUAUACUA